AUGUCACUCCAGUUCCCCCUCAUCCAGCCCCCAAUCUGCCCUCUAUGCCCUAACACUCCCAUCCGCGCCAGAGUCGAUCUUGGAAAACGGGGCCCAACCGCUGGUCGCCCCUACUACUACUGUCAAGCCGACCACAAACGCCAGUUUGUCACUUGGGACGACAUGCUGGGCAUCUCCUCCACCAACCCCCGAUGUCGAUGCGGUUAUUAUAGUCGAAGGAAUGAAGGCAAUGGACCUGUACCAAGUGCAUGGUACAACUGCGCUUCACGACGCUGCUAUUUCAGUCAGAACAUUGACACGGAUGAGGUACUUGAGUCUCCCCACUCCAGCCCUUUGAGCUGGAAGGGUAGUACCGCUUCCUCCACAAUCGCCGGUCCAACCUACAGUGGACAUGGUAGGAAGAUGACUUCUAGAGAGGAGAACGACAGCGAGCUGCUCGACAAGAUGAAUGCUAUGACUGUCAAGAUUGAGAGGCUGGAGACUACCAUUGCCUCUCGGCCUUCAACCACCGCAAGGCCUCUCGACGACAACUGUUAUGUGCAUGGGAAUGGACGCCGGUCGCUUUUCAGCCGUCGCCGCUGCAUCUGUAUCUAG